AUGGUUGCAACUAAAGGCGACAAACUUUUCGUCCAUAUUGGCAUUGGUGGUGCAGGAAAUGUCGUAGUUGACACACGACGUCCGAGCCAUAUGACCGACCCACAACCUCUCCGGCAGGACCUUGGCUCUCGCAGGUACAGCACUGGCAUCGGAGGAUCUGGGAACAUCGCCAUGGCCAACCAGCUUGAGAAGCAAAACGAGGUCGAGGAGACCGUUCGAUUGCUGUAUGAUAUGCAGGCGCCAGGCAUCGCGCGUCGUGAAGAGAGCCAUUACACUGGUGGCCUUGGCCACAAACACCAUCCCACGGAAGCCGAGAUCGAAGAAACUCGCCAAACCAACGAUAACGUGCAUCUACAAAGCAUUGACAGCAUCAACAAACGCCGGAAUGGCCCUGCAGCAAGGGUUCACGACAUUCCCUCAUGGAGCCGGACUAGCCGACGAAUGAGUGUGACUGAUUCCAUGAGAGAUUUGUUCAAGGCCCGAAGGUCGGGUAAAGCCUAA